AUGGGGGAGACGGGGUUAUUUGCCGUCGGACAGUCCUUGGUUAUGAUGAAGGGCUUGAUGGACCGCUGCCUCAACCGUGAAGCGGCUCUGGAACGGGUACGGUCAAAGCUUGGGCAGACGGAAGAGGAGCUUAGCCAGCUGCACAAGUGGAAGGCCACGAUGGAGCAGAAGUUCGAACUCUCUGAGAAGACAAAAGAAGAACUUGAACAGAGGACGGAGGAGGCUGGGAAGGCCUUGAAGGUUAAAGCAGACGAGGUGAAGGAUCUGAAGAAAAAACUCCGUCAUGCAAGGGAUGACGCCGUCAGCGAAUAUCGCAACUCCGAGUCUUUGCUGAAGGAGCUGGCAGGAUCGUUCCUUCAAGGCUUCGACGAUUCGCUCCGUCAGGUGAAGAAGGCCUACCCAGAUCUGGACUUGUCCAUGAUAACACUAACUGAUCAAGGUCAGACGUCUGCUCUACCCGUCGCCUCCGAAAAUACGGAGGAUCUCUUUGGAGAAGAGGCAGCUCAGGGUGACGGAGAGUCCGCUAUGCCGAAUGAGGUCGCUGUUGUCGACCCCAAUAAAGCAGAGUAACCCAUAUAAUUGUUGAUGAGGAUCCGUCUCCCUUUUUAUGUAUUGUUAAUAAUUUGUAGACGGUUUGGUUGAAGUUUCAUUUGUACUGAACAAUGCUUUUCAUUCAUUGUCUUUUCGUGAUCUGUAUCCGUUAAGGAUUUUCUCCGUCUACUUUUAUUUUGAAUUUUAAUUUGCACAAGCUCGUCUGUUGAUCCGUCCACUUAUAAGCUAAACUAUUGAAGCUGACUUAUAUCGUCAUGUUGUCCGUCCACCUUGUGGGCGUUUUAGAGCCGUCUG